AUGGCCGACGAUGGAAUGCUUUUGAACUUCGCGGUUGGCGAUCAACCGUGGGCUCCCAAAACUACCGCAUACAAGGGUGGCCGCUGGAAGGAUCGUUUGACUGCGAAAAAGGCCUUGCAAUAUGGCCAGAACAAGAACAACCCGGAUUAUAAGAAGGAGAAUGAUGCAAAGAACGAUGUACGAUCAGGCUCAAAUUCCGAACCUCGCCCCUUCAAGCGCCAAAGAACCGACGGAGGAGAGUACAAACCCACUCAUACUACUGGCCGCACCGGUCCAAGAGAUAGCACCAAUGCCCCACGACAACGUCCGAAAGAAGUCAUCUCGUCCCUGUUCACAUACAACCCAACUGCCACGACUGCUCCCGUUGAAGAAGAGGAGGAAGCGGAAGACGCAGAACCUAUACAGCCUUCGAACGCUCCCCUGAGCUCCGAACUCGAUACAUUCACUUCCUUAGGCUUGUCACCGAACGUUGCUCGCCAUCUGCUAGAAAAGAUGGGUAUCAAGGCCCCCACAGCCAUUCAAGCAAAAGCUGUUGCACAAUUAGUGAAAGACGACUCGGACGCUUUCAUUCAGGCCGAGACUGGUUCUGGUAAAACACUGGCUUACCUCCUUCCUAUCGUACAACGCCUAGUCACCAUGUCAGAGACUGCAAGGAAAGCAAAUGGAGGCACCGGUGGUCUGACACGAGAUUCUGGACUGUUUGCCAUCAUUCUGGCGCCUACGCGAGAACUCAGCAAGCAGAUUUCUACUGUCCUCGAGUCGUUACUUGGAGCUGCCCACUGGAUUGUUGCUGGAACCGUCAUCGGUGGAGAGAAGAAACAGUCCGAAAAGGCCAGGUUAAGAAAGGGCUUGAACAUCUUGGUCGCUACUCCUGGUCGUCUGGUCGAUCACCUGGAGCACACAGAGAGACUGGAUGUCAGUAACGUAAGAUGGCUAGUGUUGGAUGAAGGUGAUCGUCUGAUGGAGCUUGGUUUCGAGAACGACAUUCAGAAGAUUGUCUCUCUGAUGAAUCUGCGUAUGCGAAAAGUACAGCAAAACCCUAUCCCUGGACUGCCUGAGAAACGAACAACGGUCUUGUGUUCCGCAACCAUCAAGAUGGACGUUGAGAGACUGGGUAACAUCACGUUGAAAGAGGCUGUGUCAAUCUCUGCCGAAAAGCCUAGAGAUGCUGAGGACGCAGAGAAGAACGGUCAUGCAUUCUCAGCACCCGCUCAGCUGAAGCAGUCAUACGCUGUCGUUCCUGCAAAGUUGAGACUGGUCACACUUGCCGCCAUUCUCCGUCGAUCUUUCGCCAGGAAAGGAUCUGUUAUGAAGACAAUCGUGUUCAUGUCAUGCGCAGAUUCAGUGGAUUUCCACUUCGAGGUCCUGACACGUGAGAAGGAGAAAGAACUUUCAAACUACGAAAAGAAGCUGGCCCCAGGCAAGAUCAGACAAGGAGGUUCGAUCGACGAUGCGUGCACUGAAGCCAUUUCACCAAUCAUUUCUGGUAAAGACAAUGAUGUUUCCAUUUUCCGCAUGCACGGAUCGCUCCCUCAGAAUAUUCGUACAUCUACGCUCAAGGCUUUCACCAACAACAAGGAUGCUUCGGUCAUGAUAUGUACUGAUGUUGCUUCUCGUGGUCUGGAUCUUCCAAAUGUCGACUUUGUCAUUGAAUACGAUCCCGCUUUCAGCAAAGAUGAUCACCUCCAUCGUAUCGGACGUACCGCUCGUGCAGGACGUGACGGACGAGCCUUGAUCUUCCUUCAACCUGGUAACGAGGAAGGAUAUGUCGACAUUUUAAAAGAAGACAGAAGAGACGCAGGACAUGGUCUUACUCGACACGAUGCUGUUGAACUUUUGAAGAAGGGUCUAACGCCAACUACGGGCACAGUCUCUUCUGGUCGUGAAUGGGAGGAGAAGGCAACUGACUGGCAGUUGGAUGUUGAAAGAUGGGCCCUUGAGAACCCGAAGCAUCUCGAGCAGGCUCGUCGCGCAUACCAAAGUCACAUCAGAGCUUACGCCACCCAUGUAGCGGCAGAGCGAGAAAUCUUCAACAUCAAGACUCUUCACCUCGGACACUUGGCUAAGGCCUUUGCGCUUAGAGACAAGCCUGGUAGCAUCAAGGUGCCCGGUUUGCGUCCUGGCAAGGAUGAUGCCAAGAGGUCCAAGGACUCUCGUCAUAAAGCUAAUGUCAAGGGUGCAAAGAGUUCGGGCGAAAAGAGAUCUGCAACCGAUGGAGACGACGGUCCGCAGAUGACUGAUGCUCAGGAAGCAGCUAGAAUAAUGCGCGCAAAGACAAAGGCCAUGAUGGGUGGUGGUGCUUCGGAGUUCAACCUUGGCUAA